CCCCUCUUGUACAACAUGGAAACCGGAGUAAAAUGUACAUAUCCUCUGGCAGAGGAUCGUAUGAUUCCUCCUCCAUCUACCCUCCGAUCUCAUUCUCUCGAACACUUCUAUCCUUCAAUUCUACUACAUGCUCUCCCGGCCGUUCUCAUCUUCCUUUCAUUCCAAACGCCUUUUAUCUCUCUCUUCCUCUGUUCUCUUCAAGCCUGCCAACACCUCCCCAAAACCCCAACACCCAUCUCAGAAAACCGCCACCACCUUCUUCCCAUUUCCACAAAUCGAAGCCUCCCUUGGGAAUCCGGAAACAACCCAUGUCAUAGAUUUCCACCUGGACCCGUAUUUCCUCUCGGAUUCCUUGAACUUCUCAGCCAAGAAUGGGCGUCUGAAAGAAGGGAGGCAGCUGCAUUCAUGCAUAGAGAAAUCGGGAUGUGGGUCCCAACACUCUAUCCAGAAUCAGCUCCUCAACAUGUAUUUAAAAUGUGGUGACUUUGUUGAUGCACACAAGAUGUUCGAUGAAAUGCCUAAUAGAAAUGUUGUGUCUUGGAAUAUAAUGAUAUCUGGUUGUGUUAGUCGCAGUCGGUAUCCUGGGCUAGUAAUGGGUGAAGCUGUGAAAAUGGAUUUUGGUUUAUGUGUGGAUAUGUUUGAUGAGCCUGAAAGGAAAGUUUUAUCGUUGAAUGGAAUGACAUCUGGAUGCGUUAGUUGUGAUUGUCAUCUUGGGCCCACCACUGGUGAAAUAGAGAAGAAGGGUCUAGAAUCAAGUAAUUCCUCGAGCAUGAAAUUGGGUCUUUUCUUUUUCAAGAAAAUGCUGGUGGAAAUGGUGGGGCCCAAUUAUAUAACUUUCAUCAGCGUUCUUGGGGCUUGCCUUAGGUUAAAUGAUAUUGAAAUUGGAAAACAGCUGCAUUGUUUAAUUAUAAAAGUGGGUUUCAGUUCAAACGGUUUCGUGGGUAGUGCUCUUGUCGAUCUAUAUGCAAAAUUUGGGAAUGUUGGAGAUGCUCGUCAAGUGUUUGAUAAGAUCCAGUCUAGAGAUUUGGUGUUGUGGAAUGUGAUGGUAUCUUGCUAUGCUUUCAAUGGCCUUGGGAGAGAAGCUUUUGGAGUCUUCCGGUCAAUGAUGCUUGAAGGUAUAAUGGGUGAUGAUUUUACCUUCAGUAGCUUGCUCAGUUCUUGCAGCAGUUCGGGUUCUUGCCAAUUGGGGAAGCAGAUACAUGGUUUUAUUAUCAGAUUAGCACUUGAUCUUGAUGUUCUUGUCACUAGCACUCUCGUUGAUAUGUAUGCGAAGAAUGGGCUUACAGAGGAUGCUCGAAAGGCUUUUGAUAGGAUGAGAACUCGGAAUGUUGUGUCUUGGACUACCAUGAUCGUCGGUUACGGACAGAAUGGAGAAGGCAAGGAAGCCAUGGAACUUUUCAAGCUAAUGCUCCAAGAGGGUUUGAAACCGGACGAGCUAACCUUAGCCAGUCUUCUUAGUUCAUGUUCCAAUCUGGCUGCUGUGAAUGAGGCCGUUCAACUCCAUGGUCAUGUGAUAAAAAAUGGAUUGGGGACAUUCAUGUCGAUUGGAAAUGGCCUUAUAAAUGCAUACGCCAAGUGCGGGUGUAUUGCCAGUGCUUUCGAGUCUUUCAGUUCUGUUUCCAAUCCCGAUCUUGUUACUUGGACAUCAAUGAUCAGUGCAUAUGCCUUUCAUGGUCUUGCCAGAGAAGCUCUAGAAAUAUUUGAGGAGAUGUUACGUGAAGGGUUGAGGCCGGAUCGAGUUGUGUUUGUUGGGGUCCUCUCUGCUUGUAGUCAUGCAGGCUUGGUUGAUGAGGGGUUUCACUACUUUGAUUCGAUGAGAAGGGACCACCGAAUAAUGCCCGAUUCAGAGCAUUAUACUUGCAUGGUUGAUCUUCUAGGGAGAGCGGGCCAUCUAGAGAGGGCGCAUAGUAUUUUGGUUAACAUGCCCUAUGGACCCACUCCAAAUGCAUUGGGAGCAUUCAUCAGUGCUUGUAGACUCCAUGGAAAUAUAAGAUUGGCAAAAUGGGCAGCGGAGAUGCUUUUUGAAUUGGAACCGGAUGAAGCCGUGAACUAUGCUGUCAUGUCCAACAUCUAUGCUGCUGCAGGGAGUUGGAGAGAUGUUGCAAGGGUGAGAAAAAUGAUGAGGAAUGUGAGUGAUUAUAAGAUACCAGGUUGUAGCUGGACAGAGAUUGGCAGUAAAGUACACACAUUCGUUUCUCAUGAUAAAUCUCACCCACAAGCUCUAGAGAUAUAUGCAAUCUUAGAACUGUUAGUUAGUCUAAUGAAGUUGGAAGACUCCACUUAGGGCUUGUUUGGGUGACAGCUCUUUAUCAUUCAAAAUGGAAUACUGCUGUGUGAAAAAGAGGUCAGCGGUAUUUUCCUAGACGAUGUCGGAGGUGGUCUUUUACAACCAUCCAAGCUUAGGAGUAUUUUCCCAGACGAUGUAGGAGGUGGUUUUUUACAAUCAUCCAACACAAAUUGCACAUGUGCAGUAUCCAAACCAUUCAUCAUUGUGCUCA